AUGAUAUGCAGCCGCCUCUUACAUCUGGCGCUGUCGGCCGUCGGUGGUCUCGCAUCCGCCAUGCCCAAGCAGCCGAUGGUGGUGGCCCGCGUUUCAGACGGAACUUCAGACAUGGGCAAUAACACCUUUCUCAGCAUCCCCAUGGAGCGGGUUCAGCUGUCAUCGGGCCAGAGCCUCCGCCGGCGUGAUGAUGUCAAUACCGUCGUCUACCCCGUGAGCGACGCAGGCUAUGCGAUCGAGAUCGACGUGGGAACACCGACACAGAGAGUGCCGGUGCUGAUCGACACUGGCUCCGAUGAGCUAUGGGUGAACCCCGACUGCUCUGGCCUGUCGGAUUCGGUCGCGAAGCAAGCCUGCCUGGUUUUGGGUCAGUACUUCCCAUCGGAUUCGACCACGGCCGAUGAUCCGAAGGAUUCCUCGCUCCUGGAAUACGGGAAGGGCAGUGCCAAUGUGACCUACAUCGUCGACAGCGUCAGCAUCCCGGGCGCCAUGAGGAAUCUGUCCAUGACAGAUGUCACGCUCGGCGUGGCCACGGCCAGCAAAAACCUCGCAAUCGGUAUCUUGGGUGUCGGUUUUACCUCCAACGUGGAGUACCUUACCGUGCUGGACAAGUUGGACGCACAGAACGAGAUGCAGAGCCGGGCGUUCAGCCUGGUGCUCGGUGCGAGCAAUGCGACAGACGAGGCACCCGCCUCUGACGGAACCAUCAUCUUCAACGGUGUGGACACGAGAAAAUUCACCGGCCCGCUGCAGCAGCUUGACAAUCUGAGCCCACAGGACGGAGACGACGAUCGGUGGCGCUACUUUGUCGAGCUGACGAACAGCACCUACGCCAAGAAGGACAAGACGAACACGACGACGACCCUCUACUCCAGCAGCCUGCGGGUGCUCCUGGACAGCGGCUCUAGCUACUCGUAUCUGCCGCCAUCGUUUAUCGGCGCGCUCGCCAACACGCUCAACCUCACGGUCAGUACGACCUCUAGCAGCACCACCAUCAACGGCACCAUCGCCAUCGACUGCAAAGCCACUGUCCCAACAGGCAUGGUCGACUUUGCCUUUGGCUCUGCGCUGACCAUCAGCGUGCCGCUCGCUGACCUGAUAUGGGUGAACGGCGACGUCUGUAUGAUCGGAAUAGAACCGAUUGGCGACGACAAGAUCGCCGUCUUGGGCGACGAUUUCCUACGCUCAGCCUACGUGCUCUUCGACCAGGACAACCAGAAGAUCUAUAUGGCCGAGGCUGCCAAUUGUGGUACCCACGCGCAGCUCCUGGUUGGCACCAUAUCGGGCAACAUUACCUCGUACAACUACACUGGCGAGUGCAACCAGUCAACCGCCGACUUGCAGGUGUCCGCUUCUGCUUCGGCUGCGGCCGUCUUCCCUAUAUCUCUGACGACGGUCUUGUUCGCCUUUGCCUGCAUACAGAUAAUGAUGGCUAUGAUGUGA